AUCGGGUAUUCCAUCUUCCUCAUAAAGAAGAAAACUUUAAACCCAAUACCCGUUUCCUGUAGAAAUGCGAGCAGUUGCGAGCCAUCCGUUAAUCUCUAGAUUUCGGCCAUCCCUGACCUAUCAUCUUCUUCUCAGAACGAUUUCCGCACCUUCAACUUCUCAUCACUACACUACAGCGCCGACCCUCUCACAACCCUCUAAAGACCUGCAAAACCCUAACCCUCGGACUCUAACCCCGUCAGAAAAGCAAUUCGAUUCAUGGAUAAACAAACUCCGUCCUGGGUUUACUCCGUCGGACGUCGAUGUAGCCUUGCAGGCCCAAUCCGACCCGGACCUGGCGCUCGAUAUUUUCCGUUGGACAGGCCAGCAGCGAGGUUACAAGCAUAACCCCUUGACUUACCUCCGUAUCAUCCAAAUCGCCAUCCAUGGUAAGCGUUAUGGGGUUGCAGAAACCCUAAUGGAGGAGGUCAUUGCUGGGGCUUGCGCGCCCAGCCUCCCUUUGUACAACUGCAUGAUUAAAUUCUGCUGCGGGCGUAAAUCCUUGUUCAAUAGAGCAUUUGAUAUCUACAAGAAAAUGUUGAAAUGUGAAGAUGCUAAGCCUUCUCUGGAAACUUACACGCUAUUGCUGAAUACGCUUCUCCCUAAAUUUAAUAGGUUAACGGUUUCCUAUGUGUAUUUACAUUCCGUGAGAUCACUAGCUACUCAAAUGAAGGCCUGUGGUGUGAUUCCUGAUACUUAUGUUAUGAAUAUGAUUAUAAAGGCUUAUUCAAAAUGUCUCGAGGUCGAUGAAGCAAUUCGGGUAUUUCGUGAAAUGGGAUUAUAUGGAUGUGAACCGAAUGCAUACACAUACAGUUAUUUAGCCAAAGCAUUUUGUGAGAAGGGGAAAGUGGAUGCAGGACUCAGGUUCUAUAAAGACAUGAGGGACAAAGAUUUCAUUCCUAAGGGGAGUACUUAUAUGAUUUUAAUAUGUAGUUUAGCAUUGGAGAGGAGGUUUGAGGAUGCUAUUGAUGUGGCCUUUGAUAUGCUGAAUAAUUCAAUGUCUCCCGAUUUACUGACUUAUAAAACUGUGCUGGAAGAGAUGUGUAGGGAUGGGAAAGGGGAUGAUGCAUUUGACCUUCUUGAAGAAUUCAAAAAGAGGGAUAGUUUCAUGAACGAGAAAACCCACAGAUCUUUGUUAAGCGUGUUGCAUUUUUUAGGUGGACACUGAUGGGCUGCUGUCUUCUUGAAGCUCUGUAGCCCCAUUAAAUAUGUUAUCUCUUUUGGCCUAAUUUGGAUAAUAGGCUGACUCACUGGCCUGGUACAAAUACUAGCAAAAUUGGCCCAUCCAGUGCUAACAUUUUGUAACAUGUCAUUGUGCAUCAUAGCAAUUAUCAUCAUUAUAUUUCUCUCAUAUGCGAUUCAAAGUGCCAUAUUUUUAUAUGCACACCUUCAGAAAUGCCAAGUGCAAUAACUUUCUCUUUCUUUAACUUUCUCUUUCUUUCCUAGGUAUAUUCUAUGUGUUGUUCUUGGAUUGCUCUAUAUGGUAAGAUAAUAGUUUUCAUGGGAAGAGCAUGUGAGGAAAGAGAUAGUGGAACAAUAGUGGUGUAUUUUCCGGGAGAGUUGGAAUUUUACUGAAGCAAUAGAAAAUGGAAGGAAUGAAGCAUGUCAGAAAAGUUGUGAUGAUGGCACAAAAGUUGGAUAAAGAAUAAACCAUUUGCUUUUAAACAUUAACUCAACAUGGUUGCUUAUAAGCUAUAACAGUUGAUAUCAAGGUCUUGUCCUAGGUGCAUUUGACUUGGAAAUGGGUUGUAUUCAAUAGUUUUUCAUUCUGGGAUGGGGGUAUGGAGAAGAGGAGUUCCCUUUCGGCUUUGGACAAGAUCACUGGCCUCCAAUUAGUGUGACCUGCUUUGGAGAUAGAGGUGGUGCUCUGUGCCAAGAACUCUGUUCCAUUGAGUGGAGCUGUAAGCAAAGCAUGUGCUGGAUCCCUUGAAUUGGUCAAGGUUUGGUUUUGAAAGAACAUUUUGUUAACUUGUAAGAACUUGCUGCCUAGCUGGUAAUAGAAGGCCGUCUCUUCAAGAGAGUACCUUGGAUGAGUGAUAGAGAGGGGGGAGGGGGGGGAGGAAGCGGAUCCGAGCCCCAGGUCUUUGUUGGUCUACCGUAGGCGGGGACGGGCUUUAAGCUUUAAGCUUGGGCAACGGUUGCUACUUGCUACCGUUGAUUGUUUAAUUCUCUGCUCUCAUCAAUGAGCUUCUGUUUGAUGUUCUGCAAUCUUUGUUUUGGCCCAGUGAAGGUGGUGUUCGAUGCCAUUGGUAGAAAGUAGAGACUUUUCUACUGCUUGGUAGAAGUCCAGGAAAAAUGCCCUCCUAGUAAGUCAGUAAGUGCUAGUGGUGAUGAAAAUUUGGGAGAUGCCUUAUCCCGAAUGGCCUUUCAGUUAGAAAUUGCGUGCUUAGAGCAGGUGUGCUUCGUCAGUUCAUGUGGUAAUCGCUAACUGCAUUGAAGUUGCACAAUUACGAAUCAUGUUAUCUGUAAGUUUAGAAAAAUAACCAAUUUUGUGACAUUUAAUAAUUCCUUAUGUGUGAAAUUGUUAAUCAUGUCAGCAAAAGUUGUUAACACACUUGAAAUGUGAAUGUCUUAUACUGGUGUAAUUCUUUGCAUUUUCGGUAACUUGUUUGUCUUAUACGGGUAACUAUUAUUUUCACAUCGAAUACUAUAUUUUAUAUUUUGUGGGAUGACUUGUGUAAUAUGAAGCCAAAGAUUCAUUAUUUUUUGGCUUGAGAAUAUGAUGGAAUAAAGCAAAAUGGCUCACUAAAUUGUCUGCGCUUCUUUGUUAUGAAGUAGCAGUCAGCCCAAGCAAUUUUGGACGCGAUUUUCACUAUGGGUCAUCCGGAAACAGUCUCUCUGUGCUUCAGUACAGAGGUAAGACUGCGCACAUCUGACCCCCCUUACCCCACCGUAGGUGGGAGCCUUUGCGGCACUGGGGUAAAUGAAAAUGAUGAAAAAAUGAUGACUUGUGUAAUAUGAAGCCUGGCAUUUCCAACUCCAAUCGGUCCGGAGACCGGAGGAAUCCAGAGGUGAAGCGCCGGCCAAUUUGGCACUUGGAGAUGCAGCCAAUUUUCAAUAUCCAGUGACUAAGCUCAGUGCGCAGGGGAGCAGAAAGGAUAAAGUUGUCUCACCGAAAUGCAGGUUAUGGCGGCGGUUUCCGUGCGCAGAGUCAAGGUCGAACUAAGAACAACAACUCUGGUAAGGGACCGUCCCCAUCACCUCAAGGCGGACAGGUCUCUAGGUUGGACAAUUUCAGAGCAGAGAUCCCAUCUCCCUUAUCGCAGGGACCCGCACCAAUGAACCACGUUAGAAGCUUGUCUGGUGUGGACACUCACUCGCCUAGCACUGCUCUAACCAACACCUCAAUUGUAUGCUUUGUACCAUCCACAGAAGAUGUGGAAAACCGAAAUAUCAACCAGGGGACUAAUACCAGCGACUUUCCAGAUCCGGCUAUUCCUUCUCAGUUCUCACGCUACAUAUGAUUGUUCCAAGGAUUUUGAAAAACUAACUCCAUCAAAAUUGAAUCAAAACUAUUUAGAUUUGCUGCCACAAACAAUGAAAUAUUCAUUUUUUAAAUUGAAAAAUCCUCGCUAAAAAGGAUUAAUUUCAAAACGGUGAUCGCGGGCUAGAUCUACAGUUUUAUUCAACAACUUUCG